UUUGUUAUCGCACAUCAAACUAAACAUUCAAAGACGCAGUUCGACUAACCUGCAGCAAAACAUUGUUUAUUUGCUAAUAAACUUAUACAUAGUACACCGUAGUUAGUUAAACAGUCUUCGGAUCAUGUCCAACACAUCCAUUCGCCCUAUACCCACACUGAAAGGAAUUUUUUCAGUGCCGCGAGCUACUCAGGGCCGCAACUUUCUCAAGGAGAAUAAAGUGAGCUUGCGCUCGCUGGAAAAAACAACAAGUGAAAAACUGGCAGCCAAGGAACCGGUGCGUCCCAAAUGGAUGCCACCCAUGCGGCGCGCUGGCUCCGAGGUACGGGAAUCGAAAACAGGCAGACCCCCGGUAUCCAGACAAAACACCCAGGAAACCAGUCUGACACGCAACCGUAACAACUCGCGUUCGCAUCACCAAUUGGGCGGGGGCGGUACAGAGUCUGGCGAACGUUUUGAAGGCUUGGAAGAACGCAAUCCGGUGUUUUAUGACCCGUCGGCGGAGGCACGUAAAGAUUUUGUACAGUCGCCGGACAGUUAUUCAGAGCGCUGCAAUUCUUGCGGCACACAACGCAGCUCCACAAGCAUUGCCAUACAGACGGAGGAUAUCACCGAUGAACUCUACCUAACGAAUGCAUUAAAAAAAUGCAGUUUUGAUGGUGGAUCUAUGCUGGGCGAGUCCCCCAAUAAGUACGACAACAGCUACAAUCGGUACGAUAACGAUGAUCUGCAGUCACCUCGCACAAAUGGCAAACAGCACAGUCGCUUCAACUUAGCCGACGACGAUCUGAAAACUGAAGUCGCCUCCGAUGAUGAGGCUCCGCUCAGUGCACGCAGCCGCUUUACUGUGGCCACAGUGGAAUCAAAUGCUAGCAGCACGUCUAUUAUAUCCAAGCGCCGCGAGCACAAGCUGGGAUCACGCGAUGAAGUGCGUCUUCCGCGGUAUCUGGAGAAGGAGAAGCGCGAAAAGGCCGCUGCCAAGGAGCUUGCCGAUGCACGUGAUCCGGACUGUCCACGCGGUCAUUUUCUGCUGCCGGAGCAGGAUCGUGUGGGCCACUUGCACAGCGCACAGAAGCGUUAUGAUGGGCUCAUCAGUGAGUUGAAUCACAUGCCCAUGACCGCACAGACCCUGCGGGUGCGCAACCGCAAGGCCGAAAUUGACAAGGAGCUGACUAUCGUAGAUGAGGAGAUACGCGUCUACUCCAAGCCCAAGGUGUACCUCAGUUCUAGCAAAUAUAAGUAGUGACUCUGACUGGUAGAGCUAAGCUAACACUCCAAAAACUAUCAACUUCGACCUCCGCCGUACAUGUGCCUUAAGGAGUCUUUGUGAAAUGUAUCUAGUCUAGUCUUGUGCUAACUAUAUUUAAGUGCCAGUCUUUCGAAUGCAUCACUCCAGUUACUCCGGUAAACACAACAGUAGUUUAAAAGUAAAAAAAAAACGUAAUGUGAAAAAACUCACCUCCAUGCUCUCAUCGAA